AUGAAGACUACGAGCUCCUCAGCCAGGAGACGUGAGCUGGAAGCCAGAGAAAAAUUAGCACGCAUGGAGCUGAAGCAAGCCCAAGCUGCGACGAAGCUAGCCCGUGUCAUAUUAGAGCUGGCACAGUGUGAAGAGGAGGACUCCGAGGAUGAAGACCAGGAAGACAGAACAGCACAGGCGCAGAACUGGAUCGAGACGUCAGUAUUGGAAGAAAACAACAUGAGAAAACACGCACAACGAGGUCAACACCCUCCAGAAGAGCCACAGAAUGUGAAGCCUGAAGAGAACUCCUUAGCGAAAAAAGCAACAGAAGAGGGCGAGUUCUCCGACCUGACGAUGGUCUCCAAGUUCCUGAACAUCGAAGCAGACAAAUGUGGAGCCUUCGUGACAUCAGAAGAGAAGAGCGGGUUCGGAAGAACUCAUCGACAAGCGACGCAUUCUACAAGGGAAAAGGACUUCAAAGAAAGAGAUUCAAGACAGUCAACAGAGAAGACUUGUCCUAUAUGUCAAGGUGGACACUUCCUCGUCCACUGCCAGAAGUUCCAGGAGACGUCAGUACAAGAUCGGUGGGCAACAGUAAAGAAAGGUCACGUUGGCUUCGAAUGUCUUCAAGGGAAAUAUCGAAAGGAGAGCUGUAAGAAACCACCAUGUAAGGAAUGCAAAAGGUGGCAUCGUCGUUUGCUGCACGUCGAAUCAGAAGACAGGACCUCGGGAGAGGAGAAGGCAGAAACACAAGAAGAAGUAGCAAGCGCCAUGAGAUCAGUGAAUGCAGUCAACAACGCAAGGGCGUACCUGAAGAUAGUUCCAGUAGAAAUCUUCCAAAAGAAUAUUGGCCCUCAUGGAUGA